AUGUGCGAAGUUAUCGGUCUUGCGGCUAGUGUGCUAGCCAUCGCCCAACUCACAGGAAGCCUAGUUACUGCGGGCUAUGGAUACAUCAAUAGUUUCAAACGGGCACCUUUCGAUGUCCAAUUAUUUGUCGAAAAGCUUUCGGAGUUCAAUAAGGUCCUCAGAUGUCUACAGGACUAUGUUGGUGAAAACCCUAAUUCAACAUGGCCGUUGAAAGAGAGCGAGACUCUACGCCAUACACAGGCCAUUGAAGGGUAUAGAUCAACAUUUUCACUUGCUUUGGGUAUGGAUAAUCUAAAACUGGCGAGUUGCAUCAAGAAGCAGACACAAGAUGCCAAUUCACUUCUACACCGUAUCCACAUGGAGAAUGUAGAGCACAUAGCCCGCUCAAAAGAACAGGAAGCUAUGCGGAAUAGUCUACAGAGAAAUGAAUACAUAGAGGAACAAAGGAGAGCGGUUAUUGAGUGGAUAUACCCAAACAAUUAUAACGAUAAACAUGAAGACAUAUUUAGUAGGAGAAUAAAGGACACUGGUAAUUGGUUCCUGAAUACACCCGAAUUCAAGGAAGGGUUGAGGGAAAUUCAUCUUCCCGGGUGCUUGUGGGUUGUGGAAUCCCUGGGGCUGGAAAAACAUUCCUAA